AGAUUAUGUCAUCGCAGUAAAAACAGGCAUUCAUUUCUUACUGUGCAUGCACCGUCGGAUGCAUUGAGCUAUGGGUCUAAUGUCGUAAACAAGAUUUUCACGGACAGAUUUGUCAAGAGAGCCACUGUUUUUGGUCUAGCUAAUGUUUGCAAAACAACAAAAUGCAAACGCUCCGGGAGGAAAAGGGUCCUCCUCUUCCUCUGUCGUCUAUGCGUCUUUUUAUUCCUCCACUGCGCCUGGUGUGUGCAGCUCUGUGGCAGGUUGUAGAGCGGAGAGACAUCAUGGACUAUGGGCUGCUGGAGGAGUUUGCCACCAGCGUGUUGGAAAUAGUCCCUGAACUGAUGACUUACAGAGAGAGGGUCCAACUCCUCAUGGGACUGAGAGCACGGCUGGUUCUGGAGUUGUGUCGCUGUGAUGAUGAGCUGUGUCGCCCUGAUACUGUCCAGCCACACCUGAACAGGAUAAGGAGCUGUGUCUCCAAUCAGAAGGGAGAGGUUUCAGAUCCAAAGGUGGAAGCAUCAGAGGCCAGCUUCAUGAAGCUGAUUGAAACCCUACUGGAGCAGCCAGAGGAGAGGGAACUCUUCUUUCAGAAUGUUUUUCCAGAGGAGUAUGGCCCCAAGUAUGACUCAACACUGCAGAUUCUUGUGUGGGAGUUCCUGUCCAGGCUGGAGAAACUGAUUCCUGCUCCAAACCUUAAGCAGACUGCAUCUUGGCUCAGCCUUGCCCCUGACCUCUUAGAGGAGUGUGUGCAGUCUAUGGCUCACCCUGAGCCAUUACAGGCACUCCUCCAUCACCAUAAAAAUGGACAUCACUUAGACACCAAUGCUCUAAGGUCCACUGGUGGUGACUACAUCCUCUCUUCACUGUCUUUCCCUUCCUCUGUGAAGGAAGAAAUUGCCUCUUGCCAAGCAGGCCCAGAGAGACAGUCCUAUCCCACCAUAAAGGGAUAUCAAACCCCUUUCCCAUCUGAUGAACCAGAGAUGAGCUGGGACUGCAGAAUGGCAGAUCGUAAGGUCUGGACUGUAAAGCCACCAGCCCGUUCUGCUUCUGUGGAGGUCGAAGUCAAGACUAUAGAGGACGCCACUGAGAUAACCGUUAAACGCAAGACAAUCAACAAAGAGUUGAUAAAAGAAACCAGGAGAGAUAAAGCCGUUCUCUGCCCUCAGACUCGCAGUGGGCUGAAAACCAGCCGCUUGACUGCUUCCUGUCUGCGCCGUCAUCCCGUACUGCGGUUGAACAGGCUUGACAUUCGCAAUAUGCCGUUACCCAAGUCCUUGCUAACACUGAUUCUAAGGAGAGGGAGACUGCAGGCUGAGACAAGACGCCCAGGACCGAAAGGAAUUGACAGAAAAAAGAAACGGAGAAGAGGUCGUGGUAUUACAAAUGAGAAGAUUAAAUCACACACACUUGAUAUAAGCGAUAUGCCGCUACCCAAGUCCCAGCUAACACUGACCCUAAAGAGAGGGGUACUGCUGGAUGAUCCGACGAGUUCCCAAGUACAGAAAAAAAGAGGUGGAAAAAAAGGAGAGAAAAUAGGACCUGGUAUCACAAGAUUAAAGAUGGAGAAGAUUGGAGCACACACGCUUGACAUAAGCGAUGUGCCAUUACCCAAGCCCUCUCUAAAACUGGUUAUAAGGAGAGGGAAACUGCAGGCUGAAGCAACAGGUUCUCAAGGGAAAAAAACAAGGGGCAGAAAGAAAAAAUGGAGAAGACGAUGUGGUGUCAAAAAUGAGGGUGUGAAAAGAGAGCGGUCACCUGAAACUGAGGAAGAAGCUGAACCAUCAGAUUAUGAACUUUGGACCAGCGUUAAUAAAGGGGUCACGCUCAAUGAAAGGGCCCCUGUCGAUGAAUCUGGUGGAGUCCAUGCUUCUCUUUUCCCAUCAUCUCAUAAGAGGGAGGAGGAACAGCCCAUACAGACCUUUCACACAGAGGAGCACAGUGGUCAUAUGGCCGAAGGGCAGAACAGAGUAGAAGUCUCAGAGAUGGUACCUCAGGACUCACUAACUCCUGAGCCAUCCAACACCGCUCACAGAAUUCCUUCAGAGGAGCACAGUGGUCAUAUGGCCGAAGGGCAGAACAGAGUAGAAGUCUCAGAGAUGGUACCUCAGGACUCACUAACUCCUGAGCCAUCCAACACCGCUCACAGAAUUCAUUCAGAGGAGCACAGUGGUCAGAUGGCCGAAGGGCAGAACAAAGUAGAAGUCUCAGAGAUUGUACCUCAGGACUCACUAACUCCUGAGCCAUCCAACACCUCUCACAAAAUUCAUUCAGAGGAGCACAGUGGUCAGAUGGCCGAAGGGCAGAACAGGGAAGAACUCUCGGAGAUUGUUCCUCAGGACUCACUAACUCCUGAGCCAUCCAACACCUCUCACAGAAUUCAUUCAGAGGAGCACAGUGGUCAGAUGGCCAAAGUGCAGAACAGGGAAGAAACCUCAGAGGUGGUACCUCAGGACUCACUAACUCCUGAGCCAUCCAACACCUCUCACAAAAUUCAAUCAGAGGAGCACAGUGGUCAGAUGGCCAAAGGGCAGAACAGGGAAGAACCCUCUGAGAUUGUACCUCAGGACUCACCAAGUCCUGAGCCAUCCAACACCUCCCACAAAAUUCAUUCAGAGGAGCACAGUGGUCAUAUGUUCGAAGGGCAGAACAGAGACGAACUGCCAGAGAUGGUUCCUCAGGACUUAAGAACUCCUGAGCCAUUCAACACCUCUCACAAAGUUCACUCCGAGGAGCACAGUGGUCGUAUGUUCGAAGAGCAGAACAGAGACGAACUUCCAGAGAUGGUACCUCAGGACUUACUAACUCCUGAGCCAUCCAACACCGCUCACACAAUUCAUUCUGAGGAGCACAGUGGUCAGAUGGCUGAAGGGCAGAAGAGAGAACUCCCAGAGGUGGUACCUCAGGACUCACUAACUCCUGAGCCAUCCAACACCUCUCACAAAAUUCAUUCCGAUGAGCACAGUGGUCAGAUGGCCGAAGGGCAGAAGAGAGAAGAAGUCUCUGAGAUUGUACCUCAGGACUCAUUAAGUCCGGAACCAUUCAACACCUCUCACAAAAGCUUUCACUUACAGGAGCACAGUGGUCAUAUGACCGAAGGGCAGAACAUAGAAAAACCUUUAGAGAGUGUACCUAAGGACUUACUAACUGAGAUUGUACUUCAGCACUCGUUAACUCCUGAGCCAUCCAACAGCUCGCACAAAAGAAGCCAGCGCGUCAAGGCAUGCUCUUUCUGUGGCAAGACUUUCACUGACACACUGGGCUUGACAAGACACAUGCGAUCUCACAUUGAGCAGAGGUCACACCAAUGCACCCAAUGUGGGCAAGACUAUGAUUCCAGUGAGGACUUAGAGGAACACCAGAAGAGAAGCUGUGAGGAGAAGAUUAAAAAAGACAUUGGUGAGGACAAUGGUGGGGAAACUGUCCAGCAAAAAACGCAUCUGAAAAGAGACAAAAAACCUGAUCUGAAAGCAGACAAAAAACCUGAUAAAAAACCUGAUCUGAAAGGACACACAAAAGAUCGCUCCAUAAUGUGCCAUGUGUGCGGGAAAGUAACUACUCGUAUGUUGGGUUUGCGAAGACACCUUCUACUUCACUUCAACAAUGGCGCAUACAAAUGCCCUGUAUGUCCAACGACUUUUAUAACAAAUGCUGAUUUGAGAUCGCACCUGAGAUUGAAAAGAUCUUGUAGGGAAAAAUGUUCUGAUGAAGUAAUUAAUACCAAGGUCCAUCUCCAAUCCAACCCUGGUGAGUACAAGUGUCCUUACUGUGGGGACACUUUCCAGCUACCACAUGAUCUGAAAGGACACACAAAAGACUGUUCCAGAAAGUGCCAUGUGUGUGGGAAAACCACUUUGAAGCCAUGCGGCAUGCGAAGGCACAUGUUAAAACACAACAACAAUGGCCCCUACAAGUGCCCGGUGUGUCCAAGGACUUUUAUAUCCCGUACUGAUUUGAAGAUGCACCUGAAAAAAAAUAAGCAAUGUAGGGAGAAAUGUUCUGAUGUCAUGGUGAAGGAAUUACUGUCAUCAGUAGAUGGUAGAUGUGGGAAAAAUGAAACAGGAGUCAUGACAAGCUGCCAACAACCAAGCUCCAGCAACACAGGUGGGCCUUCAAAGAAUCAGUUCUUUGAACAGUUCUCUUAUGACUUUCAGCAAUCCAAUAACAGCGCGAGUAGUGAUGUGAAGCUGAAUAGCCUCAAUGAAAACUACAGUAAAUACCAACCCAUGAAGGAUGUUGACUUGAAUAGCCUCCAUGAAGCCUUCAUGGUGACCACUGAAGACUACAGUGAUGAGAUCAGUCAAUGCCAACCCAUGAAGGACAAAAAGUCUGUGGAUGAUUCAUUGGAAAAUGAGAUGCCCAAUGACAAAGAACCAAACUCAACCAUUGGCUUAACAGGGAAGCAGGUGUCCCAGACUGACCCAAAGCCUCUCCAGGAUUCUCAACCAGAGAUAAGCGGAGAAGUGAAGAACGAGAUACAGAGCGGGAAACUGCAGGCUGAGGCCACGGGUUCCCAAGGACAGAAAAGAAGAGGCAGAAAGAGAAAACAGAAAAGAGGACGUGGUGUCAAAAAUGAGAAGAGCGAAGCAAAGGGUGUGAAAAGAGAGCGGUCACCUGAAACUGAGGAAGAUGCCGAACCAUCAGAUAAUAAACUUUGGACCACUGUCAGUAAAAGGACCACUGUCUGUGAUUCUGGUGGUGUCUCAGAGAGUGUACCUCAGGACUCACUAACUCCUGAGCCAUCUCACAAAAGAAGUCAACGAGUCAAAGCAUGCUCUUUCUGUCGCAAGACUUUCACUGAAACACUGGGCUUGACAAGACACAUGCGAUCUCACAUUGAACAGAGGUCACACCAAUGCACCCUGUGUGGGCAAGACUUUGAAUUCAGUGAGGACUUAGAGGAACACCAGAAGAGUAGCUGUGAGGAGAAGAAGAUUGGUGAUGACUACUGUGGGGGAACUGUCCAGCAAAAAAAAUAUCUGAAAAAAAACCCUGAUCUGAAAAGAGACAAAAAGCCUGAUCUGAAAGGAGACAAGAAAACUCAUCUGAAUAGAGCCAAAAAAAAUAAUCGGAAAAGAGACAAGAAAUCUGAUCUGAAAGGACACACAAAAGACUGUUCCAUAAUGUGCCAUGUGUGCGGGAAAGUAACUACUCGUAUUGUAAGUUUGCAAAGGCACCUUCUACUUCACUUCAACAAUGGCGCAUACAAGUGCCCUGUGUGUCCAAAGACUUUUAUAUUAAAUUGUGAUUUGAGAUCACACCUGAGAUUGAAAAGAUGUUCUGAUAAAGUAAUUACAACCAGGCUCCACCUCAAAUCCAACCCUGGGGAUUACAAGUGUCCUUACUGUGGGGACACUUUCCAGCUACCACGUGAUCUGAAAGGACACACAAAAGACUGUUCCAGAAAGUGCCAUGUGUGUGGGAAAAUAAGUUCUCGAAAACUGGAAAUGCGAAGGCACAUGUUAAAACACAACAACAAUGGCCCCGUCAAGUGCCCGGUGUGUCCAAUGACUUUUGUAUCCCGUACUGAUUUGAAGAAGCACCUGAAAACAAAGAAACUAUGUAGAGAGAAAUGUUCUGAUGUCAAGGUGAAGAACAAUGCUGAUUUGAAAUUGCCCCGAAGAUUGAAAAGGUCUUAUAGGAAGACAUUUUCUGAUGAUGUAAUUACAACCAAGAUCCACCUCAAAUCCAACCCUGGAGAUUACAAGUGUCCUUACUGUGGGGACACUUUCCAGCUACCACGUGAUCUGAAAGGACACACAAAAGACUGUUCCAGAAAGUGCAAUGUGUGUGGGAAAACAACUUCAACGGCACGUGGCAUGCGAAGGCACAUGUUAAGACACAACAACAAUGGCCCCUACAAGUGCCCGGUGUGUCCAAUGACUUUUAUAUACCAUCCUGAUUUGAAGAAGCACCUGAAACUGAAAAAACGUUGUAGGGCGAAAUGUUCUGAUGUGAUGAUGAAAGAAAUACUGUCUUCAGGAGGCGGUAGAUGUUGGAAAAUGUUGAAUGAAACAGCAGUCAUGACAAACAGCCAACAACCAAGCUCCAGCAACACAGGUGGGCCUUCAAAGAGAAUUGAAGAGCUCUCUCAUGACUCGCAGCAAUCCGAUAACGGUAGUGAUAUGAACCUUAAUAGCCUUGAAGAAGACCAUAGUGACAAGAUCAGUCAAUACCAACCCAUUAAGGACGUUGACUUAAGUAGCCUCCAUGAAGACUUCAGUGAUGAGAUCAGUCAAUACCAACCCAUUAAGGACGUUGACCAAUCCAACCCUGGUGAGUACAAUUGUCCUUACUGUUGGGACACUUUCCAGCUCCCAGAUGAUCUGAAAAGCCACACAAAAGACUGUUCCAGAAAGUGCCAUGUGUGUGGGAAAAUAUCCUCAAAGGCAUGUGACAUGCGAAGGCACAUGUUAAAACAUGACAACAAUGGCCCCAUCAAGUGCCCGGUGUGUCCAAAGACGUUUAUAUUCCAUACCGAUUUGAAAACACACCUGAAAACAAAAAAACUUUGUAGGGAAAAAUGUUCUGAUGUGAUGGCAAAGGAAUUACUGUCUUCAGUAGAUGGUAGAUGUAGGAAAAAUGUUAAUGAAACAGGAGUCAUGACAAGUUGCGAUCAACCAAGCUCCAGCAACACAGGUGGGCCUUCGAAGGGCGGGCCUGUGUUGGGUUUGAAGAGCUUUGAAGAGUUCUUUGAAGAGCUCUCUAAUGACUCCGAUAUCAGUAUGAAUAGUGACGUGAACCUGAAUAGCCUCGAUGAAGACUACAGUCAGGAGAUCAGUCAAUACCAACCCAUUAAGGAUGUUGACCUGAAUAGCCUCGAUGAAGACUACAGUCAGGAGAUCAGUCAAUACCAACCCAUUAAGGAUGUUGACCUGAAUAUCCUCUAUGAAGACUACAGUCAGGAGAUCAGUCAAUACCAACCUAUUAAGGACGUUGACCAAUCCAACCCUGGUGAGUACAGUUGUCCUUACUGUAGGAAGACUUUCCAGCUCCGACAUGAUCUGAAAGAACACAAAAAAGACUGUUCCAGGAAGUGCCAUGUGUGUGGGAAAUCAACUUCGACGGCAUGCGGCAUGCGAAGGCACAUGUUAAAACACUACAAGGGCCACAUCAAGUGCCCGGUGUGUCCAGCGACUUUUGCAUACCAUACAGAUUUGAAGAAGCACCUGAAAACAAAAAAACUAUGUAGGGAGAAAUGUUCUGGGGUGAUGGCAAAGGAAUUACUGUCUUCAGUAGAUGAUAGAUGUAAGAAAAAUGUUAAUGAAACAGAAGUCAUGGCAAGUUGCGAACAACCAAGCUCCAGCGACACAGGCGGGCCUUCAAAAAGCAUUGAAGAGUUUUCACAUGAUUUGCAGCAAUCCGAUAACAGCAUGAGUAGUGAUGUGAACCUGAAUAGCCUCCAUGAAGACAACAGUCAGGAGAUCAGUCAAUGCCAAGCCAUUAAGGACAUUGACCAAUCCAACCCUGGUGAGUACAAGUGUCUUUACUGUGGGUACAUUUUCCAGCUCCCAGAUGAUCUGAAAGGACACACAAAAGACUGUUCCAAAAAGUGCCAUGUGUGUGGGAAAAUAUCCUCAAAGGCAUGCGACAUGCGAAGGCACAUGUUAAAACACUUCAACAAUGGCCCCAUCAAGUGCCUGGUGUGUCCAAAGACAUUUAUAUUUCAUACGGAUUUGAAAACACACCUGAAAACGAAAAAACUUUGUAGGGAAAAAUGUUCUGAUGUGAUGGCGAAGGAAUUACUGUCUUCGGUAGAUGGUAGAUGUAGGAAAAAUGUGAAUGAAACAGGAGUCAUGACAAGGCUCCAACAACCAAGCUCCAGCAACACAGGUGGGCCUUCAAAGAGCGGGCCUGUGUUGGGUUUGAAGAGCUUUGAAGAGUUCUUUGAAGAGCUCUCUAAUGACUCCGAUAUCAGCAUGAGUAGUGAUGUAAAUCUGAAUAGCCUCCAUGAAAACUACAGUCAGGAGAUCAGUCAAUACCAACCCAUGAAGGAUGUUGACUUGAGUAUCCUCCAUGAAGACUACAGUCAGGAGAUCAGUCAAUACCACCCUAUGAAGGAUACUGACCCGAAUAGCCUACAUGAAGACUUCAGUCAGGAGAUCAGUCACUACCAACCCAUGAAGGAUGUUGACUUGAACAGCCUCCAUGAAGUUUAUAGUGAUGAUAUCAGUCAAUACCAACCUAUUAAGGACAUUGACCCACAGGGGGACAGAAGGUCUGUAAAUGAUUCAGGGGUAAAUGAGAUGCCCAAUGACAAAGAACCAAACUCAACCAACGGCCCAGGGCCUCUCCAGGACUCAAUCUGAGCCAAACAGAGAAGCUAAGAACGAGAUACAGGUGAUACCGGUGUCAACAAUACAUACAACAAAACUAAAAGCCCUGCAAUUUAAGGUUAUAAGAAAAUGAUGAACAGCAACAACUUCCUUAUAUGUAUUUGUUUUUUUUGUAGCUAUUGUUAUGGAUUAGGUUAGGUAUUUAGAAAUGAUAGAGAGAUUCCCACUAGUAAUUACCAGUUGGAGGGGCAUUCAAGUGGAUCUUUCCCAGUCGUAUGUAGGGAUUUGCGAGAUGUUAUGAACGCAGAAUAACCCGAGUGAAAAGUCAGUUGUCUCUUAGGUGGCGGAGUCUCUCGAUAGUUUUGAGGUAUCCCCGGUUUGUGAAGCUACUCAUGUUCAUAAGAGUGCUGAUGGCAAACCAGAUGGGGAGAAGGAUGAUUUACGUGGGGACAUAGAGGAAACAUUCUUUGCUAAACUAGACGGUGGUUUCCAGGUAAUGGUUCAUCAUAGUGAGAAAGUUUAUUCUUGUGUGUAUCUCGGUUAGAACUUCUGGGCAGAGAUAUACAGUGCCGUGAAAAAGUAUUUGUCCCCUUUCUAACGUUCUCUGCUUUUGCAUUAUUAUUAUACUGAAUUAUCAGAUCUUCACCCAAAAUAUAAUAUUAGAUAAAGGGAACCUGAGUGAACAAAUAACACAAUUACAUACUUAUUUCAUUUAUUUCAUUAACAAAGUUAUGCAACACCCAUUUCCCCUGUGUGAAAAAGUAAUUUCCCCCCUUACACUCAAUAACAGUCUAUGCCACCUUUAGCUGCGAUGACUCCAACCAAACGCUUCCUGUAGUUGUUGAUCAGUCUCAUGUGGCUGUGGAGGAAUUUUGGCCCACUCUUCCAUGCAGAACUGCUGUAACUCAGCGACAUUUUGUGGUUUUCAAGCAUGAAUUGCUCGUUUCAGGUCCUGCCACAACAUUUCAAUUGGGAUUAGGUCGGGACUUUGACUAGGCUAUUCCAAAACUUUAAAUGUGUUGCUUUUUUAGCCAUUUUUUAUGUAGAUUGUGUGUUUUGGAUCAUUGUCUUGCUCCAUCACCCAGCUGCGCUUCAGCUUCAGCUCAUAGACGAAUGGCCUGACAUUCUCCUGAAGAAUUCUAUGAUAUAGAGCAGAAUUCUUGGUUCCUUCUAUUAAGGGAAGUUGUCAAGGUCCUGAGGCAGCAAAGCAUCCCCAAACCAUCACACUACCACCACCAUGCUUGUCUGUUCGUGUGAGGUUCUUACUGUGGGAAUGCAGUGUUUUGGUUUAUGCCAGGCAUAAUGGGACCCAUGCCAUCCAAAAAGUUAUAAUUUUAAAUUAUCUGUCCAUAGAACAUUCUUCCAAGAGUUGAUGAUCAUCAAGGUGCUUUUUGACAAACUUGAGUGAACUUUUGGACGACAUGGAUCCCAUAAUGCCUGGUGAUAACCAAACACUGCAUUCCAAAGUAAGAACCUCAAACCCAACGGUCAAGCAUGGUGCAGCUAGACAAUGAUCCAAAACACACUAUCAAGUCUACAUCUAAAAAGCAACAUAUUUGAAGUUUUGAAAUGAUCUAGUCAAAGUCCAAACCUAAUCCCAAAUGAGAUGUUGUGGCAGGACUUGAAACGAGCAGUUCAUUCUUGAAAACCCACAAAUGUUGCUAAGUUAAAGCAUUUCUGCAUGCAAGAGUGGGCCAUAAUUCCUCCACAGCGAUGUGAAAGACUGAUCAACAACUACAGGAAACAUUUGGUUGCAGUCAUUGCAGCUAAAGUUGGCACAACCUGUUAUUGAGUAUAAGGGGGCAAUUACUUUUUCACACAGGGGAAUUGGGUGUUCCAUAACUGUUAAUACAUUAUUAUAUUUAAAUAAAAAUGUUUAACUCAGGGUUCCUUUAAUAUUAGGUUUUGGUUGAAGAUCUAACAUUCAGUAUAAAAAAUAUGCAAAAAUAGAGAAAUCAGAAAGGUGGCAAAUACUUUUUCACGGCACUGUAUGUGAGGAAGUGUGCCAUCUGCACAGGAUGAGGUUGAUUCAUGUUUCAAUUUAUGGGAGACAGAACGUCUUGUUAUGUUGAGUGACACUGAGCAACUAGGUUCUCUUGGUGGUCUGAGAAAGCAUUCGGUUCCCCGAGUGAUCUGUUGGAUUCAGAGUUUGUCAGUGAUGAUUUUGUUCCUUUAGCUGACAUAUUCUGUGAGGUUAGUGAGGAUCCGCUGGAAGACCCAGUCUGGGUAUUGCGGGAUGACACGGCUGUGUCUUGUUACAAGAAUAGGGUGCUUGAAGAAUUGGGUUUGGAAAAGCCAGAUCCACUACAGAGUGAGUUUUGUGAAGUUAAGUGUGAGGAGAUGAAGAUGUUGGUCAAUGUUCACUUGUCCCUGUUGGUGGUUGCUCCAGGUCUCUAAUCACUGGACACCUCUCAGAUGGAGCUUGGUGCGUGUGACCAUGGGCGCUGUGAAUGGAGUUGGUCUCUCAGGGGGCGGAGUCUCAAGGAGAGUUUUGAGGUAUCCCCAGUUUGUUAAGAUGCUCAUGUUCAGAAGAUUGCAAACCAGAUGGGGAGAAGGAUGAUUUGUGUGAGGACUCUGUGUCUCUGUUCCUCUCCCUCAAGUUCGAGUUUUGCAGGUUCAGGCAAAAAUUAAACAGUUUAGCGCAGACAAUAUUUUCUGCACUAAACUAUGUUUAAUUUUUGCCUUUUGAAAACGACAACUUCCUAUGUCCCACAGUUUGUGCUUCUCAGAUUUCUUUCUAAAAAUCAGUGCUUUGAGCUCACACAAAAAACAAACUAAAUUGAAUUAAAAUAAUUGAAUGCUAAAUUAAACCGAAAUGUAGGCUAAUCGCUCAGCACUAGUGUACAUAUUGGUCUCUUUAGUUAAGGAAGUUUUAUGGGGGGGGGGGGGUGUAUUACAAGUUUUGAAAAAUUCAGGAAAAUAGAUUGUGGUGACUGUGAGGUUUUUUCUUGUUGGGGGAGAAGUUAUAGAAUAGGUUUGGUAGUUAAGUAUAUAGGCUUAGGACCCCUAGACAUAACGAGUCAGUAGGCGAGUCAAUCGGUUUCAUAACAAUGUGUAGGAAUAGGAACUCAAAAGUGUAGAAAUAUGGCGGUAGUUCUCCUGAACCUGGGCCCCUAUUCUCAGUGUUUUUGCCUUUCAGAUAAUAAUAAAUAAGAGAAGGAGUAGCUGAUCCUAGAUCAGUAUUCAUACUCUGAAAAUCUUUAGAACCUUUAUAAUCUAGGACCCAGACUGAAAGGCAAAUGGAGCACCAACAUGUACACAACACUUGGCACUGAAGUCAACUGUACUGACAGACAGAGCUUGUGACACAGUGGGAAACGGUUCACUUAAGAUCUUGGUGAGGAUGACUUCACCACAUGGUGACUACUAGUUCUAGCCUGUAAGUUUCUCAUCCACUACACUCACCCCCUAGUAGUCUGCUACAGUAGUCUGUGAUCCGGGUUACAGCACCAUUGUAACAGUGAGUUCUGUCCCCACCUGGGACACCAACUCUGGGGGUUGCCUCUGGACUGGGCUAAGAGACAUUCCUUUUUAUUAUUCUUUACAAAAAUGUGACAAACUAUAUAUUUUCUUUCCCCUUUCUCUCCCUCUCUUUAUCCACUUUUUUAACACUUCUAUAACACUUAACUAUCAUGUAAUGUCACUGUAUACUGUAAGUCACUUUGGAUAAAAGCUAUGGGUUGCCUAUCGGCCGAGCUGAAGUGACUUUUUUGUGUGCAUGUUUUUCUUUUUACUUAAUGUCAAAAUGUGGUAACUGUAUAUUCUUUCUCCCUCUCUCUAUAUAUCAUUAAUUACCCACUUUUAUAACAUUUUUAUAAUGCUUAAAUGUCAUGUCACUGUAUACUGUAAGUCACUUUGGAUAAAAGCAUCUACGACGCUUUGUAUUUACAUGUUUAUCCAUCCGUUUUUUAAAGUUGACAUUGGUGUGAUACAUUUCAAUAUAUUAAAGAAGACAAAUUAAAAGGCA